UAGCCCGCGCCCCUCUUGUAGCCGACUGAAAUGUCGUGCCUAACAGAACACUGUAAAAAGCCUGAUCACUCGCUGCUCAUAUAUGCCUCAGAAACAGAACAUGCUUUGCUCUCUCCUUCCUUCCCUUCCAACAUUCUCUCUCCAUAAAUCUCAUUCUCCCCUCAUUCUCUUCUCUCACCAACUUCCUCUCAAUUUUAAUCCUCAAAGAACAGGAGAAAUUUUAUAUCAUUAGAAAAUGCCAGCGGACUCCGGUGAAGGCAACAACAACAACAACGGCAAUGCCACCAUCAGCACCACCGCUGGCAGGAGAGUAGCGAAGAACGCUGCAGUUCCACUUCCGCCAGAACAAGAGCAACUCCCAUGUCCACGCUGUGACUCUACUAACACUAAGUUCUGUUACUACAACAACUACAACUUCUCUCAGCCGCGUCACUUCUGUAAGGCUUGCCGUCGCUACUGGACUCAAGGUGGGACUCUACGAGACAUCCCUGUUGGGGGUGGCACUCGCAAGAACGCCAAGCGCUCUCGCACCACCGCCAACGCUGUUUCUUCCAUCAUCACAGCCAAUGAUUACUCUUUGAGUUCUACUCCGAUUUUUUUGCCCUUCGGGGGAAAUUCUCCGCAGUUUUGUGGGGGUGAUGUCAAGGGUUCUGCUGGGAGUUUUACUUCUUUGUUGAACACACAAGCACCCGGGUUUCUGGCUUUGGGUGGGUUUGGUCUCGGGUUGGGAUCUGGGAUUGUUGGCGAUGUGGGCUUUGGUGGGCUUGGGAGAAGCGUCUGGGGUUUUGCCGGUGAGGGAGAGGGUGCAACUGGUGCCACUGCUAAUAUUGGUACCGGUACUGGUGCUGGUGCUGCAACUGGAGUUGGAAACACUUGGCAGUUUGAAAAUGGAGAAAAUACAAGUGGGUUUCCUGCUGCAGAUUGCUUUGCUUGGCCUGAUCUAGCAAUUUCCACUACUGGAAAUGGCCUCAAGUGAUAUCUCUUCUCUUAUAUUACUUAGAUUUUCUCCUCUUCUCUUUUCUUUUUCAAUGGUUUUUAGUUGGACUGUGUUUAGUUAAUUACCUUUGAAGGCUAAACUAGGACUGAAAUUAGAAGAAAAGGAACUAUAUGACUUUUUUCUCUUCUAAACUCUUUUUUCUCUUCUUCUUUCUGAUUGUAUGCCAUUGCCAUGUGGUUUGGCUUGAUUGUAUACCAUUUUUGUGCAGUGGACAUGGCAACUUCUUCUAAAAGUGUCUUCUUCUCAGUGCUUGAAUAGUUGAAUAUCAAACCAUCUUUGAUUUAUUGAUAUUUUCCUUAAACAUCA